AUGUCAGAGUCAAAGGAACUCGAAAGCGCGCCCUUGUUGGGCACCAACAGAGGUGGAUCAAAGUCUAACAAGACCAAAAAGAACUCCAAAAGACGGAAACGGAAGUCUGCUUUCAAAGGUCCCGGAAAUGGUGCAAGCCAUGAUAGGUCCCAUGCUGGUCUUCAGGACCAUGAUGACCAUCGUCUGUCGUCAGCAAACGAUUUCGAUAAGACAGAUUCAUGGGGCAUUCUGCACGAGGGCACCGAUGAGGAAACGUCCAACACUAGAGGAUCUUCAGACGUCAAUCUAGCAUCGAUGCAGCAUCCGAGGUCGUAUUUCGAUCACAGACCAUCCAUAGCUGUUAUGGAGGCGAUCAAUUCGUCCGGCAGUGUCCGCAAACCCCGGAGAACGAGCUCUUCACGAGGAAAUCCCGCCGGAUCUGUCAAUAGUUCUUCGCAAAAUGUGUCAAACAAGAAACAAAACUCCAGAAACUCAAACGCGCCUUUACUAUCCGCGCAAGAAGCAGAGCGCUGGGCAAAAUACGUUGCCAAACACAAUAAAAAGCCGGAUGCCCAACUGAGAGGAGACGAUGUAGUUAUCGAUGUCGAUGCUUUGAUGGACCACGUGAUCCGUUCCAACAACAGCCAGUCUUCGAGCAAAUCGUCUUCGGUAAACCCUUCAGAAGAUGGCUACCACUCGAGACCGUCUUCGCGGCGCAGCUCGAAUGACUCUUCGAUCAACGAUGUAUGUUUACCGAUCGACGACGAGGACACCGCAGGAACCAAGGUAUGGCCUGACGUUGCGGUUCUGGAAGAAUACUCGAAAGACGAAACAGAAAGGCUCAGGAGCCAAGCUGUACAGGACGCUGAAAAUUUCCAUUUCCAGUACGAUGACGAAGAUGAAGAUUUCGACGAUAACCAUAAUACUGAUGGAGUAUUGUUUUCUAAGCCAAUUGUCACUAACAUCGACGUACCAGAGCUUGGGAAUACCAGAAUUAAUGAAGCAGAGCACUUGGAGUCAGGACGUUUGAGACCAAGAAAAAUAACGCCUUGGCAUUUGCGUCGCAAAGGCAACAAUAUACCUGGAUUUAGCGGACAAACCGAUGCCAAAAAUGUCAGCCUUGUAACCAAAAAUGAAGCACAACAUCAAGAGGACGUUUUGGUCGGUAAUCGGAUACAAUACCCACCCCAUAUUGUGUCCAACAACCCAGAGCAUUUCAGGUUCACUUAUUUCAGAGAGGACUUGGACUCGACGAUCCAUUCCCCAACUAUUUCCGGAUUGCUACAACCAGGACAAAAAUUCGACGAGCUUUUUGUUGCCUCAGUCUAUUCGUCUGCCAGCAACGGCAGUAACACUGAAAAUGCUGCAAAUGCUAAUCCUGGGGUCACUCCUGGCGAGACGAAAAGUAGUACGCCACAACAGCAACAAACACUUUUGCAACGCUUAUCUACAACGCAGUCGGGAAGUGUGGAUAUGUUCGAUUGUGAGCCUUUCUGGCUGGACGUUUCGAAUCCUACUGAGGAAGAGAUGAAAGUCCUGAGUAAAGCAUUCGGAAUUCAUCCGUUGACAACAGAAGACAUUUUUCUUGGAGAGGUGCGUGAGAAGGUCGAGCUUUUCAAGGACUACUACUUGGUAUGUUUCAGAAGUUUCGAUAUCGUCGCCGAGCGUCAUACCCGUCACAAGAAAAUGCAUCAGCACGAUUCCACGGCAUAUAAUUCUCCGGACCCUGAUCACGCAGAGAGCUCUAAAGGAUGGCUGCCCAAGUUUUUCAAGUCUCGGAGACGUUCUUCAACCAAUAAAACAGCCUCGAGCACAAAUUCCAGUUAUAGAAGUAAAGCAAGGAAGCAAAUGGAAGAAAACGAAAAGUACAAGCGCAAAUCGGGAGACAGGAGAAAACCACGCGGUGGUGAGCUAGAGCCAUUGAAUGUUUACAUCAUUGUAUUCCGCACCGGGGUUUUGACGUUCCACUUUGCCCCAACCCCGCACCCAAUAAACGUGAGAAGAAGAGCAAGACUUUUGAAGGACUACCUGAAUGUCACUGCAGACUGGAUCGCAUAUGCUCUCAUUGACGAUAUUACUGACGCCUUCGCACCGAUGAUCGAGAUUAUCGAAGACGAGGUGCACGACAUUGAGGAAUCGAUUCUCAAGAUGCAUCAGUCCGACGAUUCGUCCUCUGACGACGAUGACUCACAGGAUGAGAACGAAGCUUACGACCGCAACUACGCCAGUAUUGAGCGCUACCCGAGAAGAGGGAGUGCUGUAGGAGACGGCACCAGUCUCUCUACAAGAACGAGAUCUACUCGGUCGUCGAGCUCCACUUCCAGCAUCGACACAAAUAUCAUCGGUUGGAAACGUAAAGGGGACAUGUUGAGACGCAUUGGUGAGUGCAGAAAACGGGUCAUGAGUAUAGUGCGUUUAUUGGGCUCCAAGGCUGACGUUAUCAAAGGUUUCUCGAAGCGGUGCAACGAGCAAUGGGAAGUGGCGCCCCGUUCUGAGAUCGGCAUGUAUCUUGGCGAUAUUCAGGACCACAUCGUGACCAUGGUUUCGUCUCUGAACCACUACGAGAAGCUAUUGAGCCGUUCUCACUCAAAUUAUCUGGCUCAAAUUAAUAUCGACAUGACAAAAGUCAACAAUGACAUGAACGACGUGUUAGGCAAGAUCACCAUUCUUGGUACCGUCGUGCUGCCCAUGAACAUCAUCACCGGUCUAUGGGGUAUGAAUGUUCUCGUUCCUGGCCAGGACAACCAUUCACUCACUUGGUUCACCUGUAUUACCACGACCAUGCUGAUAUUUGCAUACACAGCGUACGUUUAUACAAAGAAGCGUUUUGGAUUCUAA